AUGGAAAGUAUAGAAGAUGUUAGUGCAUUUGUGAGGUCGUUGGAUGCCUCCAUCGACAACCUCAGCGAAGCAUUAGACCCCGUGUUCUCCCAAAAGCUAGAAGAUCUCAUUUCGAACUGUCUGCUGCCACAAGAAAAAGUCAAAAUUUACCAUUCUCAUUUAUAUACGGUAAUCUCAAUUCUCUUCGCCUAUAUCAAAGUUUUGGGAAUCAAAACAGAGACACAUCCCAUCAUGAAGGAACUUAACAGAAUUAAAGCAUCUAUGAAGGCGUUUAAAGAGAUUGAAAUAUCGGCAAACAAAAGAGACGAUGAGUCUAAGAAGUCGGCGGAGGCUGCCAACCAGUUUCUUCAACGAACCUUGGGAACUGCCGUGGGGAAUGCUGCCCCUGACCAUCUAAAAUCUCCUGCGAUCAGUUCAGCUAAUUUCAAAGGGACGCAUACAAAGUUCACUGAUGAGGACAAUUUGCAAAAUGAAAGUCAUCACACGCGGACAAAGACACAGAGUAAAGUCACCAAACCAAAGCAUCGGAAAAAUUAG